AUGCAGAAUAAGCUGCGUUUUAUGGAUGGUUCUUGUCCUAAGCCAGAUCAAUUUGAUCCCACCUAUGAACCAUGGAUUUGUCUCAACAAUUUGGUCUUAUUUUGGUUGAUGAAUUCCAUUAUCCCUACUAUCUCUCAAAGCCUCAUGUAUACUGACAAUGCGUCUCAAGCAUGGGAUGAUCUGAAGGCACGAUCGGGUACGAGUUUCUUCUUUACAAAGGGAAACGGUUUAUGGGAGGAAUUAGAGUUGUAUCGCCUUGUCCCUGAUUGUAUGUGUGAUGCCCAGCAAAAUGCCAAGAAGUUUAAAGAAGAAGACUUGGUUCUCUCAUUUCUCACUGGCUUGAAUGAUCACUAUGCUAUGGUAAGACCACAGAUUCUUUUAAUGGAACCUUUUCCUCAAUUGAAUGCUGCUUUUGGAUUAGAAGUUCAGCAUGAGAGUCUCAAUGAUUUGGAUAAUAUGGAGGAUCAAUCUGAUAACAUUUCUGCUUCCAUCAAUUUUGCACGCAAACCUUAUGGCAAGAAUCAUGCUUCAUCCAAAACUGACAAAAUGUGUACAUAUUGUGGAUUUUAG